CGCUGCCUUCGCGGCUGCUAUGACCAGCGGGCGAGGCGUCCUCCCCACAUCAGCGCAGCCCUAGUCCGGGUCGUGCGCACGCCGUAGCCGUCCGGGUCCCCAGCGCGGCCGCUCCCUCGGCUCUCCCAGCUCCGCCGGAGGGGCGAGACGGAGGCAGGAUGAAGAUGACAGUGGAUUUCGAGGAGUGUCUGAAGGACUCGCCCCGCUUCAGGGCUGCAUUGGAAGAAGUAGAAGGAGAUGUGGCAGAAUUGGAACUAAAACUUGAUAAGCUUGUGAAACUUUGUAUUGCGAUGAUUGAUACUGGAAAAGCCUUUUGUGUUGCAAAUAAGCAGUUCAUGAAUGGGAUUAGAGACCUGGCACAGUAUUCUAGUAAUGAUGCUGUAGUUGAGACAAGUUUGACCAAAUUUUCUGACAGCCUUCAAGAAAUGAUUAAUUUUCACACAAUCCUGUUUGAUCAAACUCAGAGAUCAAUUAAAGCACAACUUCAGAACUUUGUUAAAGAAGAUCUUAGAAAAUUCAAAGAUGCCAAGAAGCAAUUUGAAAAAGUCAGUGAAGAAAAAGAAAAUGCAUUAGUAAAAAAUGCUCAAGUACAAAGAAACAAACAGCACGAAGUUGAAGAAGCCACAAACAUUCUAACAGCAACAAGAAAAUGUUUUCGACACAUAGCUCUUGACUACGUACUUCAGAUUAAUGUUCUUCAAUCAAAAAGGAGAUCAGAAAUCCUGAAAUCAAUGUUAUCCUUUAUGUAUGCACAUUUGGCCUUCUUUCAUCAAGGAUAUGAUCUAUUUAGUGAACUUGGGCCCUACAUGAAGGAUCUUGGUGCACAGUUGGAUCGACUAGUUGUGGAUGCAGCAAAGGAAAAAAGAGAGAUGGAGCAAAAACAUUCCACCAUUCAACAAAAGGAUUUCUCCAGUGAUGAUUCUAAGUUAGAAUAUAAUGUAGAUGCUGCAAAUGGCAUUGUUAUGGAAGGAUAUUUGUUCAAGCGAGCCAGCAAUGCCUUCAAAACUUGGAACAGACGCUGGUUUUCAAUACAGAACAAUCAAUUGGUUUACCAGAAAAAGUUUAAGGAUAAUCCCACUGUGGUAGUUGAAGAUCUCAGGCUCUGCACAGUGAAACAUUGUGAAGACAUAGAAAGAAGAUUUUGCUUUGAGGUGGUCUCUCCAACAAAAAGUUGUAUGCUCCAGGCAGAUUCUGAAAAGCUGCGCCAGGCAUGGAUUAAAGCUGUUCAGACUAGUAUUGCCACUGCGUAUAGAGAGAAAGGUGAUGAAUCAGAGAAGCUGGAUAAGAAAUCAUCUUCAUCCACAGGAAGCUUAGAAUCUGGAAAUGAGUCAAAAGAAAAAUUACUGAAAGGAGAAAGUGCACUGCAACGAGUCCAGUGUAUCCCUGGCAAUGCCAGCUGUUGUGACUGUGGUCUGGCAGACCCACGAUGGGCCAGCAUCAACCUGGGCAUCACCCUGUGCAUCGAGUGCUCUGGGAUUCACCGGAGUCUUGGGGUUCAUUUUUCAAAAGUACGCUCUUUAACUUUAGAUACCUGGGAACCUGAACUUUUAAAGCUUAUGUGUGAGUUGGGGAAUGAUGUUAUAAAUCGAGUUUAUGAAGCUAAAGUGGAAAAAAUGGGGAUAAAGAAACCACAACCAGGACAAAGACAGGAGAAAGAGGCAUAUAUCAGAGCAAAAUAUGUGGAGAGGAAAUUUGUGGAUAAAUACUCUAUAUCAUCAUCACCUCCUGAGCAGGAAAAAAAGACUGCCUCCAAAAGUUUUGAAGAAAAGAGGCUGAGCAUUUCUAAACCUGGACCAAGUGACCAAGUCAGAGUAGCUGCCCAAAGUUCAGUCAAAAGUAAUGACAGUGGAAUCCAACAGAGCUGUGAUGAUGGAAGAGAAUCUUUACCCUCCUUGGUGUCAGCCAAUAGUUUAUAUGACCCUGAAGGAGAAAGACAAGAUUCUUCUGCAUUUCUUGAUUCUAAACAUCUUAAUCCAGGACUUCAGCUUUAUAGGGCUUCAUAUGAAAAAAACCUUCCUAAAAUGGCUGAGGCUUUGGCUCAUGGUGGAGAUGUAAACUGGGCUAAUUCGGAGGAAAACAAAGCAACACCACUUAUUCAGGCUGUAUUAGGGGGUUCUUUGGUGACAUGCGAGUUCCUCCUGCAGAAUGGUGCUAAUGUGAACCAAAGAGAUGUACAAGGGCGGGGACCACUGCACCAUGCCACUGUCUUAGGGCAUACGGGGCAGGUAUGUUUAUUUUUAAAACGAGGUGCCAAUCAACAUGCCACUGAUGAAGAAGGGAAAGACCCUUUAAGCAUAGCUGUGGAAGCAGCCAAUGCUGAUAUAGUGACAUUGUUACGUUUAGCAAGAAUGAAUGAAGAGAUGCGGGAAUCCGAAGGACUUUAUGGACAGCCAGGUGAUGAAACAUACCAGGACAUUUUUCGUGAUUUUUCCCAAAUGGCGUCCAAUAAUCCAGAAAAACUAAAUCGUUUCCAGCAAGAUUCACAGAAAUUCUGA